AUGCCGGCUACACCUUCUGGAGCAGCCGUCCUUGCCAUGCCGAACGACGUCGUGCGACGACUGUUCUGUCGGCUUCAAGGCAUCAUCGAUGGCCCGAUGAGCCUCCGCCUCCGGAGGUCCAACUUCGUCACCAUAAUCAGCGCCUACGCCCCAACAACGACCGGCUCAGACGAGAUAAAGUUCAAGUUCUACGAGGACCUGCACGACCUCCUGACGUCUGUGCCGAGGACGAAUAAGUGGACUGUACUUGGUGACUUCAAUGCCCGCGUUGGAACUUACUGUACUUUCUCGAGGAGAGAGUUGGGUCCUAACGGAAUCGCCGGCUACAAUGGCGAACCAACGAACCAGGGGUGAGUACCGACUCCUGUUAACCAACGCAUUUUUUGUGCCUGCCGACGUGGAAAGAGACUACCUCGAUCGCGGCGCUGGCAGCUGCUGAAAUAUGUUCUCGUUCGGCGGCCAGAUCGACAUGAAGUGAUGAUGACGAAGACGAUCUCCGACGAUCAUGGCUGGAAGGACCACCGUCUCGUCAUCUUCAAGAUGAGGUUUCGUCCACAUGAUAAGCCGAAUACUUUCUUGCUGUUUUUGCUUUCUCACCGUUUGCAUUUCAGCAAUCGAUCGACCCGACGGCUGGAAGACCUGCUAACAGCAGAUGAAAACGCCACCGUAGGGACUCGAUGGUGCCGAAUGCCGGCCGCCGCUCAAUCGACUGCUUUAGCUUGUGGCGGUCAAGGAUGUGAGAUCGACUUAAACCACGCACAAUAAGUUCGUUUCGUCUACUGUCAGAAGUCAGGGAGCUGUGAGGACUAGUUUAUUCUGUACACAGGGCAGGUUGCCGUAAGUUGGCUGUUUGCUUGCAACAGAGAGAAGCGUCCGUUCACGGAGAGCGUCAGUCGCGGUGUCUGUGUUGUCUAUGCGGGAGUGCGUCUGGGUCAGCAGGAGGGGUGA